GUCACAUCCCAUCUUUGUCUCGAAGAUAUAUAUUUUGGUCUUAAUAACUGUGUCUGAGUUCAAGAACAGUUCAUAUCAUUGAUACUCAGUACAUCCCUCUUCGUCCUUUUACAACUGAGAUUUUGUGUUUGAUUUGAACUCCUAUGGCGUCACCAAAAUACUACGCGGUUGCUCAAGGACGCCCUCCUGCCCCAGACAUUUUUUUGUCUUGGGAUGAGACGAAAUGUUUAGUCAACAAGCAUCCACGCUCAAUUUUCAAGGGCUUCUCAACCCUUGAAGAAGCGACAGCCUACUUGGCCGAGAACGGUAUUCCAGAACACCAGAGAGUAAUUCGAGGCAUCUCCAUGGACGGAGGACAAGCAUGAAUAUUCGUUUCUGGUACAAUGUGCUUUGGCGGGCUGCUUGCUCAUGUGGAAAUAUGCGUGACCACCAGACCUCGUAUAGUAGUAGUUCCUGAUACUAUGCAGUUCCCUAUUAGCAACACC